GUUGAAUUAGCCAAUCGUUUCAAAAAUAAAUAUCCACUAGUUAGCAAGGCACUACUAUACAUAUACACGGUGUUUCAAAAUAACCCAAAAAAAAUAAUAUUAUUUAUAGAAAAAUCAUAAUUAAAAUGUCCCAUCUCUAGUAAUCAGCCGCUAAUGUCAUUCAACCCAAAAUUGUCAUUUAAAUCAUAGAUUAUCAAUUUUCAGACUUGUUGAAUUUGCUAAACAUUUGUACCUUUGCUUCCAUAACAGGUGUAACAAGUAAAAAAGUUUAUAAAAGUGAACCCCUCCAUGGAAAAAAAUCAUAAAAGAAAGGAAUGAUCAAUUACAAGACUCCUCCUAUUUAUUAAAGUCUGUUAAAAAACUUGUGUUAUCCAGGUUAUUGUAAAGAAUCAAUAGACACCUUAUUAAUGAAAAUAAGAUGAAAUCUUUAAGUGCUACGUUUAAAUACGUAAAGGACAAUGGGCAAAACGCACCCAGCUCCGCCAACAAUGUAAUUAGUAUGAAUCGAUAGAUCUAUGAAAAACUAGCCUUUUUUAUUAUGACACCGAAAAUAAAUAUCCUGGGAGUCAAAAGAUAUGACACCGUACUAUAACGAACAGAAUGUUUAAAAAAAACCCAACCCAUGCGGGGAUUUUUGGAUUUACUCUAGCGCGACAGAAUAACAUAAGGGGGCACCCUUGCACUUUGUGAAGUACUCCCAUAAUUCCAGAGCACCCUAUGUAGGGUCGAACUAACUAACUAAAAAAAUCAAACCGACUUCAAAAAAAAAAACACAAACGACAAAAACAGACAAUAGCAGUAUUUACAUAACUAAAAAGCGAUAAAUAACCUAAUUUAUUCACUUAAUGCAUAUUAUAUAUCUACAAUUAUUUAAAUAUUUACAACUUAAUACCUAAUACUUUAACAAAGUCUUCUUUAACUAUUUAAAUAUUUACAGUUAUCACUUAUUUUUGAAGUCGGUGCCAGCCAAACAAAUAAAUGUAAUUAAGAAAACUGACCGACAUUAAAAUUCAAAGCAAAACUAAGAAUAGGAAAUUGCAUAAGCGCGCUGAAAUAAUUUAUUAAUGGAAGCGACCGUCAACGACGUCUGCCCUCACGCGUCUGCCCGCGUUCGGGUGGCACACUCAACCGGCUGACCCCGCGCCCCGCGCCCCAGGCGCACCUUCUCCUUGGUGUGUGUGGUUUUGCGUUUGCUUACCGGCCCAGGGCCGCGCGCCUCAGUCAAACAGCACCACAGAUGUCGGUCAGUUUUCUUAAUUACAUUUAUUUGUUUGGCUGGCACCGACUUCAAAAAUAAGUGAUAACUGUAAAUAUUUAAAUAGUUAAAGAAGACUUUGUUAAAGUAUUAGGUAUUAAGUUGUAAAUAUUUAAAUAAUUGUAGAUAUAUAAUAUGCAUUAAGUGAAUAAAUUAGGUUAUUUAUCGCUUUUUAGUUAUGUAAAUACUGCUAUUGUCUGUUUUUGUCGUUUGUGUUUUUUUUUUUGAAGUCGGUUUGAUUUUUUUUUAAAAAGUCCAUUUAUUUCUCGAUUUUUAGUUGUGUUAAUGCGUUUUGAACUAAAAAUAGAUGCUAGUUCAUUUACUUAGGGUUAGGGUUUCAAUUUAUUUAAUAUAUAGUCACUAAUUAAUACGUUCGUUUGACGAAUCGUUCAUAUUUUUUAGGAAGCUAUAAUUGUUAUUAAUACGUACUUACUUUGAAGAGUUUGAUAAUACUUAUUAGGUAUUAAAAAUUUUUUUAUUAUCAUGGGUAGACCCACUAAGGCUGCAGCCCGAAUGAGGGCAAAUCGUCACCUGGAAAGUAUUGCAGAAAAUAAGAAACGUCUUUCCAAAAAUUGCAAGCGAAAUGUUAUAUCUCGUUCCCAAGAAUCGCCUCUGGCCCGUCAAGUGAGAUUAUCUCAGAUGAGAAGUUAUAUGCGUUCUCAAUUAUCGCAAGAGUCAACAGAACAACACCAACAACGUUUAGAUUUUAUUAGAAAACGAUUAAGUAAUGAAACUCCAAUACAGCGUGAACAUCGUCUCGCUGUUAUUCAUGAAAGACUGAGUAAUGAAACUCCAGUACAGCGCGAACAUCGUCUCGCUGUUAUUCAUGAAAGACUGAGUAAUGAAACUCCAGUACAGCGCGAACAUCGUCUCGCUGUUAUUCAUGAAAGACUGAGUAAUGAAACUCCAGUACAGCGCGAACAUCGCCUCGCAGUUAUUCAUGAAAGACUGCGUAAUGAAACUCUGGAACAACACGAACAUCGUUUCGCUGUUAUUAAUGAAAGGCUGAGUAAUGAAUCCCCGCAACAACGCGAACAACGAGUCAAUGCUAUGCGUGAACGUACUAGGAACGAACUUCCUUACCAACGGACUCAAAGACUAAAUUUAAUGAGACAACGAAAUCUUGAGGUAAGGCGAGUAGAAAAUGAGGAGCAAAGAAGAGAACGCUUAGAGAAUAUGCGGGAAAGUACCCGCAGAAUUCGAUAUAUCGGAGAAGAUAGUUUCCUAUCUACCAUUAAUGAAUUUGCUGAUGUUCCAUGUGGUGUAUGUAGAAAACUAUUAUAUCCGAAGCAGAGAUGCCGGCUAGAAACCUCAUGUCGACAAGAUUUAUUGCCUGGUGAGUUGGUAGAAAUGAGCAACAUUGUAGUAUGUUCGCGAUGCUCUACUAACCUGAGGAAACGUAAAGUACCUUCCCAAGCGUAUUGGAAUAAAAUGGAUGUGGCGCCAAUACCACCUGAAAUUGAUAGUUUGUCAGAUGUAGAGCAACGCCUACUUACAAGAAUAAUUCCAUUUCUAAAAAUUAUUAAAAUACAAAAUAGGUUCAGCCAAAAUUGGUGCAAAGGUCAAGUGGUUUUAUUUGCACAAGACAUAGUGGAAAUUGCUGAGCAAUUACCACUAUAUAAAUUAGAUAAUCGAUUUCAAAGAAACGAUUAUUUGUUUUUUGCAUUGUCUGUUGUGGAAUAUUUUAGAGCCAAAGCAAGCGUUUCGGUCUCGUGUCGAAUGAAGCAAGGUGAGCAUACACCUCAAGGUCUUGUUGAUAAUAUGCAUUUGACAAUGAGAAACAUAAGAGGAUCGGCUGCAUACUGGAAAAAAUGUUGCGCGGAAUUGAUAGCCAUGGUGCGGAGCCUCGGUCCUCCAACUUGGUUCGUUACAUUUUCAUGUAACGAUCUCAACUGGCCCGACAUGAUCAAAGCGUUACUCAUAGCUGAUGGACGUCCUGACGCAAUGUCUGACAAUGUUGAAAACUUGUCAUUUGAUGUAAGACUCGGGUUGGUACAAAAAUAUCCAGUUGUAGUGGCUAGACAGUUUACGCUUAGGGUAAACGCUUUGAUAAGAUUUCUUAAAAUGAAUAGUGAAUGUUUAGGAGGAGCUAUCACAGAUUUUUGGUACCGCAUUGAGUUCCAAAAUAGGGGAAGUCCCCAUUUACAUAUGCUUUUGUGGUGCAACGCUGUACCUAAUUUUGAUAGUCCUGAAGGGCUUCGAGUAAUCGAUCAGGUGGUGUCAUGCUCACUUAAUGGUGAUAAUGCUGAGCUGGUAAAAAGGUUACAAAUUCACAAACAUUCCACAACCUGCUAUAAAGAUCGUAAUACUGGUUCGUGUCGUUUUGGAUUUCCAAGGCCUAUAAGUAACGCAACGGUCUGCUUAGAACCCGAUGACGCUCUUCGCAAUAAUGGCCGUUUUUGUGUACUACAACGAAAUACAGAAGAAGUUAUGGUUAAUAACUAUAACUCGGUUCUGCUUAAAAUUUGGGGAGCAAACAUGGACAUACAGCCUUGUGGGAAUGUAACAGCUGUUGCUUAUUAUAUUGCCAAGUAUGCGAGCAAGUGUGAACCCAAUGAUUGUGGCGAUGUUGUGAGAGAAGCGGUUCAAAAAGCAAAACGUCACAGUAAUGAUGUAUGGAAACAGUUGUUUUCUGUGUCAAUGGCUAUACUUGGACAACGCUUAGUUAGUGCUCCAGAAGCGGCAUACCGUCUCUGUCAUUUGCCUAUGAAAAUGUGUUCAAGGAAAACAGUUUUCGUUAAUAGCUGUCGUCCAGAACAACGUUAUAGACUUUUGCGAUUUUGUGAUGACGAAACAUCAGUUUUCAACAACAUAUUUGAUCGGUACCAACAAAGACCGAAUGAAUUAGAGGAGAUUAGCUUAGCUGAAUUUGCAGUUCGUUACGAAACAGUUUCAAGUGCAUUUUGGACAGAUGAUGACGGUGACAUUGAGCUAAGAGACCAGGAAAACGAGAAUUCGAGGUACAUACGAUUACAAGAUAAUUCGAGGAUGCGUAUCAGAAACCAAGCAGCAGUUUUACGUACACGAUAUUACACUAUAAAUAGUGAUCGAGAAGCGUUCUUUUACAAUUUAAUUGUGUGUCAUAUCCCCUUUCGCAUUGAGAGUGAGCUUAUUCAAGAGGGCGAAACAGCUGAAGCAUGUUUCUUACGCCGACAAUCGGAGCUAAGGCCCCUGCUACAUAAUUUAUCUGUAGAGCAGUUCGCCCAUGCUGAACAAAUUAUACAACAAGCUCUUGUACAAGCAGUAGCCCUCAAUGUUGUAAACGAAAAUGGCCCUGGAGAAACAUCUCAUAAUAUGAAUAUAUAUGCCGAGGACCAAAUUGAUGUCCAUAACGAUGAUUUUAUAGAAAAUGAUCCCACUGCUAUGCCUGAUGACGUUUUCACAAGUGGAAUUAGAAGUCUGAAUGUCCAACAAAAAGAUUUAUUGAAACGGGUGUCAGAUUCUAUUGAGAGAGACAUACGGAGAGAUGACAAUCAAGAGCCUUUGUUGAUGUUUAUUACUGGUGGAGCUGGUAGCGGUAAAUCUUUUCUAUUGAAAUUAAUUGUUGAGCAUAUUAACCGCUGCUAUGCUCCAACGGUGGAUAGUUUGUUAAGACCAAAUUUUGUAGAAGUGGCGUCAUUGACAGGUGUUGCGGCUCGGCAAAUUUCUGGAAGAACCCUUCACUCUGUUUUUUCACUUCCCAUCGAAAAAGGCACUACGAUGACUUAUAGAAAAAUGAGUGGACAGCCCUUGGAACGGGAACGGCGUAAGUGGCGUUAUAUUAAAUGGUUAAUAAUUGACGAGAUAUCGAUGGUAUCUUACGAAAAUUUGCGUAUAAUACACUUACGUCUGCAAGAAUUCAAAAACAAUAAUUUACUGUUUGGAGGUGUAAGUGUAUUAUUAUUUGGCGACAUUAUGCAAUUACCACCAGUUAAAGGGCAUUGGUGUUUCGAUCAACCAUCAUGGGCAAACGCAGAAAUACAUUUAUGGCAGCAGUUUUCCUUCUGUGAACUCACCAUCAAUAUGCGUCAAAGUAGCGAUGAGGAAUUUGUUGAUUUGUUAAAUAAUUUGCGGUUUGGAGAACUUACAUUCUCACAAUUGGAACUUCUAUGUGAAAGACGGCGAGUUGAACAGGUUGGUGAUUUCGCAGAUGGGGCUGCAGUUAGAAUUUUCCCAACGAUCAAAUUGGUGGAUGACUACAACUCUAAGAUGACAGCUCAACUAUUUCAGUCGAGUCGUGUCUAUACCUUGCAUGCUAUCGACGAGUCGCGAGAGGCCGCAACCUAUGGAAAACGGCCUCCAUGUAACGUUAUUCCUGCUGAUGUUAAUAAUUGCGGUGGAUUGUUGCACAUACUAAAACUGGGCAUAGGUUCCAGAGUAAUGCUAAGGCGUAACAUCUCAGUUACCGAGGGUCUUGUCAACGGUGCAAUGGGAAUUGUUUGUAAGUUUAGGUGGCCUGCUCUGCGUCGCGAUCAGUUAGAAUCCGGCGAGUUACCUGAUGCAGUUUCUAUUAAAUUCGACGAUGAUACUAUUGGUACUAGAGUGAAAGAUAGUGACGGCUUAGUUGAAAUUGCACCAGUAUCAGCAACAUUUCAAGCAACAAAAGGCUAUGGGGAUGUGGAAAGAAGAAUGCUGCCGUUAAUAUUGAGCUGGGCUGUAACGGUUCAUAAGCUUCAGGGUACCACAUUAAAUAAAGCGGUAAUUGACUUAGGCAAGAAAAAUUUUGCUAAAGGUCAAGUGUAUGUUGCUUUAAGUCGAGUGAAGACUUUAAACGGUAUUGCACUUUGUGAUCUAGAACCAAGCAAAUUACUUACCAGACCACAUGAUGAAAAGGCAUUACGAGAAAUGGAAAGAUUAAGACAACUAUUGUAAAAAUAUAUGGAUUCCUGACCACCCCAGGAGUAGAUAUACCCUUUUAAGCAUACUCAUUAUUUUUGAGGAAUUGUCUCGAUUUCAUUGAUAUUUGUGUUAGUUGUUAGAAUUUCUCUCGAUAUCUCUGAAAUUUCGUGAUUACAUCGUAACCAUCUCAGGAGUAGUACCUACCCUUAUAGCCCAUCCAGAUUCACAGCGAGACAGACCGAGAACAAACGAGAACGUGAAUGUGAGGAGUUUCUCGCCGUCUCGUUCUCGCGUUCGUCUGUUCUCCGAUCGGUGUCAGUAUUUUUGGCCGUGACAAAGGAUUUCUCGGGCGAGAAGAGAGAAGACUACUAUAUUCACGACUAGCUUUUGCCCGCGACUUCGUCCGCGGAGUGAGCGCAGAGAGCGAGUUGGUUUUGUUUCGGAGUUAUUUAUCAUUGUAAUCUUUAAAGUUUUUUGUUGAAAUUAAGCUAUGUCAAAGACAAUUUUAUUCACAAUGAAGUACUCUUAACCAACAACAUAUUUAUAUUUAUAUUUGAAUAAAGAUUAAUAUUAUUAUGUUGAUACAACUUAAACAAAUUAUUUCGACCAAAUUUGGUACCAUAAAAACGGUCAUUGUGACUAAACCUUAAAAGAUAGACAUAUGCCGUCGCGGACUUUUUUUUAGAUCAUGUAUAGAGGAAUAAUUCUUUCAUACAUAUUUUUUGUGUAUCUUGAACCGUUUUCGCAGCGCACGCAAAGAAAGCCUUCAAAAAUGAAUAAUUUUCCCCGUUUUUUACACAUUUACCGCUCUGUCUUUGCUCCUAUUGGUCAUAGCGUAAUGUUAUUUAGCCUAUAGCCUUCCUCGAUAAAUGGACUAUCCAACAAAAAAAGAAUUAUUCAAAUCGCACCAGUAGUUUCGGAGAUUAGCGCGUUCAAACAAACAAACAAACAAACAAACUCUUCAGCUUUAUUAUAUUAGUAUAGAUUCAGCAAUUAUAUAGUUCAUCCAAGUGCCUGCUGCAGUUUCAAUUUCGUCAAUGUCGUCCAUAUUGCAUAGGAAACAGAUCACGAAUGAGAAAAAUGAGAGUGUUAAUAAAUUUCUUGUUCUCGCGAGAAGGCCCGGCGAGACUUCUCGGCGAGAUUUCUCGCCGUGAGUCUGGAUGGAAUAUAAAAACCCCUCUAGACUCACAGCGAGACGUAACGAGAGACUACGCGAGAAGCGAGAAAGCGUCCAAACGCAGCGAUGGUCUCACUUCGUGUUUGGCCGUGAUCAAUAGCGCAGAGGCUUCAUUAUUCAUUAUUGUGUGCGUUAGCAUAUUAUAAUUUUAUAAAUAUUAAAAUAAAUAAAAAUAAAAUACCACAGAGUAGGUACAUGCACAUGAACACGAUCUACGCGUAGUCAGUACGAGUACAUGCGUUGAUCUGAGUUGAGACCGAACGAGAAUGUGAUACGCUUCUCUUUUCUCACCCGAAACACUCUGACUCGGGCCAAAAUACCGCCACCGAUCCGAGAAUAGGCGACCACGAGAACAAGACGGGCGAGCAAUGAAUCUCAUUCAAGGUGCUCGCGUGUUCUCGGCGUGAAUCUGGAUGCGCCUUUACAAGUAUCCCGUUAGCCCUACAUACAUUCGAUCAACCAAUUGCAGUACUGCUCCCAACUCCUAACCGUUGAGGAGUACUGUAGCUUCAUCAUCAGCACAGCAGCAUCAGAUGUUGAUUCAAGCAUACCUCACAAGCAACAUGUUAGCCCUACAUACUACUAAAUAGUUUCCAUCGACCAAUUGCAGUACUGCCUUCAAACUCCUAACCGUUGAGGAGUACUGUAGCUUCAUCAUCAGCACAGCACCAUCAGAUGUUGACACCCUGAAGCAUAUACCUGAGUAAGAUGUGAUUACGUAACAAAAACACCAUACGAGCAUACAAUUUUCGGUGAUUGCCCUCGAUUUCUCCUGGAUCCCAUCAUCAGAUCCUGGACUGGUGAAAAUGGGACCACCUCAGAAGUAAACUCUAUCCAUCAAAAAAAAUUUUUUUGAAAUCCGUCUAUAAUUGACGAAAAUAUCGGUGAACAUACAUAAAAAAAAAAAAAAAAAAAUAUUAUACAUACAGACGAAUUGAGAACCUCCUCCUUUUUUGAAGUCGGUUAAUUAAUUCCUUUGUUUCAUUAAUGUUCGUUCGUUAUAGUACUUGUACAUAUUUAACUUAAAAUAACUAAAGGCCCCCGGGAUGGAAUUUGAUGCGCUUUGGCACAGAUGAUCUUGACUAUAAUACCUUUCAAACAAAUGUAGUUUAAGCCGUGGCGGACGUGGGUGCAGCGUCCAUACAUUUUUGCCCAAUGUCCUUUACACAUACAGUUAUGUAUGUAUUUAAGUAUGAUCCUCCGUACAUAGAAUGGUAAAAUGAUAUCCCUUCCUUUUGGCUUCGUCGUCGUAAAUCACAAUUUAAAUCGAUUUCAUUCCUCUCUCUACUUUUUUUCCGUAGUCGGGUUACAGAUUUAAAAUUUUUUGAAGUCACAUCGCAAAGCCGAUAAAACUUUAUUCGAUUAUCGUGCACCUAACAAUGCACCACAUAAUUCUAAACGUGGGAUUGUGGUUGGUUUAAUAGGCGCAAUCCUAGCUUUAGCGCAUAAUAACUUCACAACAACGUGACCUUCACUAUCUUGUGAUCGUAUGUAAUCGCAAGCCGCAUAGGCUCGUUGCUAUGCGUCAGCAAAACAAUGUAAUUGCAAUUCGAUUGGGUUGACACUGAAUACACGUCAAGAAAUUUUAAUUUGAAAUAAAACGGAAAAAUGUUUUAAUAGUUUGACCCAAUCUUUAAUAAAGCUUUCAGGUACAGGAUGGUCCAAAUCUAAUUUAACGCUCCACAAUUUCUGAAAAAGAAUUUUUGCGACUAUUAUGCAAGCGCUUAGAAGGCCAAGAGGAUCGAACACUUCGCACGUAGCAGACAGUACCGAGCGUUUUGUUAUUGCCGAGUCUAAUAAAUCUGCACUGAACUGCAAAGUAUAU